AGUGAAGCGUGUGAACUAAGAACUACAUUUCCCAUGCUUCUUUGGGUCUGAACCGGAAGCUUAAUCACGCUCUCCACGGGAGAACAGCUACGCGGAUUCUUUAAGCCCCAGAACGAAUUUCUGAGCUUCGGGAGACAGUGGAACUUGGGGUCAGAAGGCGGAGUUCACGGUGCGGAAUUGGCGGGAGAAUGAAUUUGUGAUCCCCGGUCUGAAGCUGCGGUGACUUCCUAAGAUUCGCUGUCGCAGGAGUAACUUGAGAAUUCUUGUUCUACUGGAGGCUGUGAAGACCAAAACAUGGAGCCAAAGUGGUAACCGAAGAGAUUUUGAAAGGAAGCAUUUUGAUUUGUACUUGGGACAGCUAGUAGGCCUGCCAUGGCUCCUGUAAAGAUCAGCCAUAUAGUAUCAUUUUCCUCUCAGGAUCCCAAGUAUCCUGUGGAGAACUUAUUAAACCCAGACAUCCAGAAGGGACCAUGGCUUAGCUGUCCUCAGGACAAGAGUGGGCAACUGAAAGCAGAGCUCCAGCUGGAGAGAGCAGUGCCUAUUAGCUACAUUGAUGUUGGUAACUGUGGCUGUGCGUUCCUACAGAUUGAUGUGGGCCGUUCUUCGUGGUCCCUGGACAGACCUUUUGUCACCCUGCUCCCUGCAACCAUGCUAAUGUCCCUUGCUGAUUCAAAGCAGGGGAAGAACCGUUCAGGGGUCCGGAUGUUUAAAGAUGACGAUUUCCUAGCUCCUGCCUCAGAAGAAUCAUGGGAUCGACUUCGUCUCACUUGCUCCCAGCCCUUCACACGUCACCAAUCCUUUGGCCUGGCCUUCCUGCGUGUGCGUUCCAAUCUGGACUCCUUAGCUGACUCUGUCACGGAUCCCUCGGCCUCGGGGAGCUCUGGACUGAGCCAGGGCUCCUGUGAUUCUCAGGAGACUGGUCCAAGCCCCUGGCUGGCUCAUCCUUCUAUCCAGAGAACAUUCUUCCCAGAUCCCCAGACGAACACCAAGCAAAUUUCAGAACUUAAAGAUAUCCUACAGCAACUGCAGCCAGGGGCUCUGGGGCGUUCAGCUCGCAUGGUGCUUUCAGCAGCUCGCAAAGCUCCUCCAGUCAGUAUGACAAACCCCAAGAACAACCACACAGAACCAGGUCCCAGCCAUGCAGAAAGUGAAGAGCCCAGAACAAACAGAAAAAAAGAACAAAAUUCAGUGAGUGAUCUGGCCAGGAGGAAGAGAAAGAAAGUACAGGACCAAAGAUCUCUGUCCAACUCAAACUCUCAGCCAAGCAAGAGGAGAACAACAAGGGCAAGGCAAAAAGAGCACCCACCCCACGCCCAAAAGAGCAGUGUCCCAAGUCAUGGACAGUGCCCCAUUUGUGCAGGCUCCUUCAGCAUGGAGAUUCUUCCUCAGCACGCCGCCACAUGUGGAGAGACCUCCCUGCCUUGGCCAGCUUCUCCUUCCUCUUCACCCUCUUCAUCCCCAUCUGUACAGUGGGUAUCCUCCCCAGAGAGUUCACCACGCACUUCCUGGGUCCAGUGCCCUCUCUGCCACUUGCAGUUCUCAGCAGGAGAGAUUGAAGAACAUGCCAGCACAUGUGGGGACCUUCUCUGGACAUGAGCCAAUGUGAUCCUAGGGCUUUGCCUCACCACCCCCAGUGACAAAGACGGGAGUAGAUUUCUUCAUGGCCCAAGGCUAUUGAUGCCACGCUUCGUAUUCCCUCAAGACUGCCUGUUUGCAGGCAUCUCUGCAUUCCCAAUUCCCAGUUGUCAAGACUUUAUCACCAUGGCACCCAGUUCUCCUGAAGACAGCUCUGUCCUUUUCCCCACUUGGAACUUCUGGAGUAGAACUGAUGAUCUGUCUAGUACCUCGAGACACUAUCUGGAACAUAUUUCCUGAGUGAAUGAUACACAUUCUUACACUCAUUUUUCUAAAGGAAAACUGAGGCUCAUUCAAAAGAAAAAUACU